AUGGCUUCACACCGCGCAGAUGCUAGCACGCUCCUCGACAACCGGGGUUACACCGGUCCCCUUGUGCGCGGCCUCAAUCCCGCAAUGCUCUUCGAGAAGGCUGUUCGUGACCGAAUAACAGAGUCCUACUAUUGGAAAGAACAGUGCUUCGGUUUGAACGCCGCAACUCUCUGCGACCGGGCAAUUGAACUAUCCUUUAUUGGCGGUACGUACGGAGUUUCCGAGAAAGCUUCGCCCUUCCUUUGCCUCGCCUUCAAGCUUCUCCAAGUCAACCCAGACCGCGAUAUCAUCAUGGAGUAUCUGAAUUUCAGUGACCCUGAACUCGAGUCAGUAGGGGGAGAUGCGGAUACAUCAGCUGAGGAACGAGCACGAAACAGCGUGGUCAAACAUCGCGGUGACUUCAAGUAUCUCCGAGCACUUGCGGCGUUCUACGUACGAUUAACUUGGGAGCCGGUCGAGAUAUACAAGACACUGGAGCCGCUUCUUCUCGAUUAUCGGAAACUGAAGAGACGGGUCCGUGACUCGUUCGUUCUAACGUACAUGGAUCAGUUUGUUGACGACCUGUUGACAAAGGAUCGUAUGUGUGGUACCAGUCUAUGGAAAUUGCCAUCCAGGCAGCAAUUGGAAGAUCUGGAUCUGUUGGAUGAACGCGAAAGUCCGCUGGUCGACGAAUUAGAAAAAAUGGACCGAAGCGAUGACGAAAAUGGGCAUAAAAGUGAUACCCGCUCUGACGAUGAUUGA